AUGAUUGGUAUUUUCUUAGAAGAUUUAUAUCGAUAUUAUUGUACAUUCAAUUUUGAUAUUGAAUUAAAGAAAGUUCGUCGAGAAAUAUUGACUAAAGCUGAAAUUAAAGAUGUAGCUUUUGAUGGAACUAUUCUUUAUUCGUUUGAAGAUUUUGAAACAGAAACACUUGCGUCUGCUAAACAUCCAGUGACUGAUGAACGAAUAACAAUUAAAAUGAAACGUACAGUAACAGAUUCACGGAAAUCACCUGAAUUCUUUUAUUUGACGAAUUUAAUUGUUCGAAAGUAA